AAAGACCUUUAAACAGAGAGACGAGCAGUACAGGACGACGGCGAAUCUUCCCUUCAGAGCUGAGCUAUUUUUGGUCUCAGUCUCCUUUUCCGGGGACUUGGAUGAGCUGUAAAUCAAGAUGCCUCUAAAUGAUGAGCGACCCACCUCCACAUCCAGUGGUGAGGACCAAGGCAGUGAUGUGGAGUCGUCAUCAGAAAGGUGUGACAGCAUGACGUCGACCAGCGACCUGGACUGCUCCCGUGAAAGCUUCACUAGCGACUGCUCCAGCAAGCAUUGCACGCCUUCCUCAAGCCCACCCAAAACCUUAACCCUAGAUGAAGUCAUGGAGUCUGCCAGAGACCUCUCCAAUCUCAGCUUUGCCCAUGAGAUCAUUGUUAACCACAACUUCCACGUAGAGCCAGACAGCCUGCCUCAGGACAGUUUAUGGAAGGUGGUUAGAGAUAAUGUCCACAAGGCCUUCUGGGACAUCCUGGAGUCGGAGCUGAAUGAUGACCCACCUGAGUAUGGCCAAGCCAUCAGACUACUGGAGGAGAUCAGAGAGAUCUUACUGUCAUUCCUUAAUCCGGGCGCCAAUCGAAUGAGGACCCAAAUCAUGGAGGUGCUGGACAUGGACCUGAUUCGUCAGCAGGCUGACAACGAUGCUGUAGACAUCCACAGGCUUUCCUCUUAUAUUAUCACGACCAUGGGCAAGAUGUGUGCUCCGGUGAGGGAUGAGGAAAUUAAGAAGCUGCGGGAAAGCUCAGAUAACAUAGUGACACUGUUCAGGGAGAUCUUCCGUGUGCUGGACUUGAUGAAAGUGGAUAUGGUCAAUUUUACAAUUGAUAAUCUGCGACCUGUGCUGCAAAGGCAGAGUGUUGAAUACGAGAGGGCAAAGUUCCAGAGCAUCCUGGAAAAAACCCCCAAUGCUUUGGACCACACCACGUCCUGGAUCAAGUCAGUCCUGGAGGAGCUGCUGUCGGCCACCAUCCCCACAGAGCAGACUCAGGGGAAAGGACAACAAGCUGUACCUGGGCCUUUCCAGAUCCUCAACGCUGCCUUCCUCCGUAUCCUCACAUGGGACUACAAUAAGAGCCCACUGCCUGAGACCUGGAUGACAGAUGAGACACGUCUGCGAGAGAUUCAGUGCAAGCUCCAGCAGUGUCAGGCGGUGAACGAGGUGCUGCUCAUAGUCUACAGCACCAUCGGAGGUCCUAUCCAGGGUCUGCCCUCCCUGUCUGACCGCCUGAAGAGGAUGACCAGUGUGCUGUUGGAUGGGAUGCAUAGCCCGGACUUUAACUUAAAAGAGGUACUAGAGGGCGUCGGUGCUCAGAUCUGCUGUGAGCUCAACAAGUCUUUAACAGAGAGGAACUACCCUGCACUGACCCCGGCCCUUCAGGCCACCCUCACAGGCCAGAUCUGCAGCAUUACCCAGAAGGACAACCCCAUCCGAACUCUAGUUGAGGAUCGUGUGCAGCAGCACUUUAUGGUGCUCAUGUGUGAUCCUAAACCCCAGGCAAAACUUGAACAGGUACCAGCUGGCUUGACUGUUAUCAAGCCGGAACUAGCAUUGGUGGGAGCAAAGUUCAUCUCCCUGGUUAACUACAACAAGACUGUCUAUGGACCUUUCUACGCGGAUAUCAUCAGGAAGCUGAUGUUCAGCAGCAGCCCACCAGCAGCAAACCCACCUCAGAACAUGGCUCAGGACUCUGUCACCUCCAAUUAAAACCAAACUUUGGCUCAUGCAAUCUUUGGAGUCCUUUUGUUAAUGGAUAUACCUGGAGUUAAGGAGGUACUACAAUAGCCAGGCAGUACUACUGCUUUGCUUGGCCAGUGCGCUCCAAUAGAUGGAGCUACCUUCAGUGUAUUAAAAAUGUAGUUUUUAUCACUACAUUUAACAUGGAAGACACUGCUGCGUAGGCACCGUGAGGUCAACAUUUAAUGUGGCCUGCAUCCUUUGUGAUAAAUGUUCUAAGAUAUACUCUACUAUGAACAUUCACAACUUCAAACCAGAAAACCAGUGUUACAGUGAUUCGUUUAUGAACAUAAUAGUGACCCUAUAUUGUCAAACUCACUUUUUUUCUCUUUUGGAUAGAGUCCACAGGGGAUCAAGGGCAAAACCUUAGUAUGUCUAAUGUAUACAGUAAGCUUUAUGAAGCAAGAGGAAUAAAAUUCAAGUCUAUAUAUUAAGAAAAUUAGCAGAGUAGCAUUUAACUAUGGUUAACUGUGACCACCAUUGAACAUGCUAAUGCAAAGCAUCAGGUAGCCAUUUUCCUGUUGAAUUAGUCCUUAUUCUCCCUUUAACUUUUUUAUCUGCAAGAGAACUAGAACUUCUCUUUUUAAUCCACUAAUGUUCUACAGCAAAAAAUAGAAUUAGAAAUGUUUUAAAGAAAAAAAAUGUUUUUGCAAAUAAUGAAAUAACAUUUGUCUGCAUGAGUAGAUUUGUGUUGGGAUUUUGUCAGUUUAUACUUGAGUCAUUUGUUGGGGUAUUUGUCAUAUGUUCUAUGUUCUAUGCUUUUACUUGCAUUCUUCUAGUGAAAUACUUGCUAUAUUGGUUUAGUUGCUUUGUUUGUUAUAUUUUGUACUGUAGUUGUUACAGUAUUGCUUUGUUGGUUGCUGAAACAUGAUGGGAAAGGAAUGGUGCUGAACUCAAAGUGACUUUGUGUCCAAAAUUUCCAGUAGACCUAAAUGUGCACAAAGAAAAGAAGUUACAUUCUUCAGCUAAAGUUUACACAACAUGUGGGAAGUUGUUGUUCUCUUCUUCUGUACCACAGUUAAUAUAAUGAAAUAAAAAAUAAACACAAAUGUUGUAUUAUUUACUAAAAAUUAAAAAAAAAAUGUGUGCUGCCAAACCUGAUACAGAACAAGUCCAUAUUUCACUUGUAAUGUCAGUGAACAUAAUCAGUGUCACUGACCAUCAUAAUCAUUAAAAUAUAAAGCUUUACCUCAA